AUGUCGUUCCUCGCGUCUCGUUCACUCUCCUCUUCUAAGGGAUUUCUCAGUGCUGGAGCCCGUGCGAUUGCUCCUGCUUCAAGCCGGCUUUUUUCGCAGUCCGCUGCUGCCAAGAAUGUGAACUUCGGCCUCUCUGAGGAUCAACAGGCGUACCAGGACCUAGCUCGCAAGUUUACGCGUGACAAUAUUAUUCCAGUGGCUCGUCACCACGAUGAAACCAUGGAAUACCCAUGGGAUGUGAUCAAGAAGGCGCACAGUGUCGGUCUUUUGAACACGCAUGUGCCUGAGAAGUAUGGUGGACCGGGCCUUGGUUUGAUGGAGUGCUCGCUGAUCACGGAAGAGCUUGCGUACGGUUGCACAGGUAUUCAGACAGCUAUUGAGGCCAACGGUCUUGCCGAGGCGCCUUUGAUUGUGGCUGGCAACGAUCAACAAAUGUCCAAGUACCUUGGCCGCAUGACAGAGGAGCCGCUCGUGGCUUCCUACUGUGUCACAGAGCCCGGUGCUGGCUCUGAUGUCGCCAACAUUUCGACGCGUGCUGAAAAACGUGGCGACAAGUGGGUCCUGAAUGGUACUAAGAUGUGGAUCACCAACGGUGGACAUGCGAACUGGUACUUUGUAUUGGCCCGCACGAACCCAGAAGAGCGCCCACACAAGGCCCUCUCUGGCUUCAUCGUCGAUGGUGACGCGCCAGGUGUUCUCCGUGGCAAGAAGGAGAUUAAUAUGGGCCAGCGUUGCUCGGACACACGUAUGAUCACGUUCGAGGACGUGGAGGUGCCUGAGGAGAACUUGCUCGGUAAGCCGGGUGACGGUUUCAAGAUUGCUAUGGGUGCCUUUGACAUUACGCGCCCACUAGUGGCUUCAGGUGCUGUUGGUCUUGCUCAGCGUGCUCUCUACGAGGCAACUGUGUACGCAAAGGAGCGCAAGACCAUGGGCAAGUCUAUCAUCGACCACCAGGCCGUCGCCUUCAUGCUUGCUGAUAUGCAGAUGGCCGUCGAGUCAUCUCGCAACCUUGUGUGGAAGGCUUGCUGGUACAAGGACCAGGGCAAGCGCAACAGCUUCUAUGCUAGUAUGGCCAAGUGCCUUGCCUCGCGUGCCGCCGUAUCGAAUGCUGACCAGGCUGUGCAAAUUUAUGGUGGUUUGGGCUUUAACAGCGAAAGUGCUGUGGAGAAGCUGUACCGCGAUGCUAAGAUUUUCGAGCUUUAUGAGGGUACCUCGCAGAUCCAGCGCCUUAUCAUUUCGCGCCAGCUCGCUGAUCUGUACAAUGCUUAA